CGCUCAUAUUGACGCAGUGUGUGGGUUGUUUGUAAACCGAUGAAUUAAUAACGGCUGUAAUUUGGUAUUGAGGUGAAAUUUACAGCUAGAAGAUGAGAAAUGUGACUCAACCCUCACUGAUUUGCCAGCGACAGACCGGUUUCAGGGCUUCUGUCGGUUAUGACUUCGCUAUUAAGCGUUUGAAGUGCUAUGAAACAGGAGACUCUAGAGGCUCUUCUGCUGUUGUACCUCCUACAUUUGCCUGCAGAUUUUGUGGUGUAACUAACUAUGAGUAUCUUCUGGCAUUGGCAGAUGAAGAUGGAAAGAUUGCUAUCCAGAACACAAGACUCAAAUCCAAGAGUAAUCUGAUGGAAGGAUCACAAGCCCACAAUAAUGCAAUAUUUGACGUUGCUUGGAUGGAUGAGGAAUUCAAAUUAGUUAGUGUAUCUGGAGACCACACUGCAGUUCUCUGGGAUGUUUCCAACUCUCAGAUGAAGGAAAUUGGGAAAUUUGAGUCUCACACUCGCAGUGUUAAGACAGUAACUUUCAAGCCAAAGGACAAAGCAAUUUUUGCAACUGGAGGAAGAGAUGGAAUGAUCAUGAUAUGGGAUGCACGCACAGCCAGUGGAUCUCGUCAGUGUAAACCUGAUAAUUACAUAUCAAAUAGCCAUCAUCUACCAGGUCUUGCAGCAGGUACUGCUUCAAAAUGUCGGAGGACUAAGUGUCUCCAGCCAUCACGUGCAAAUAGUGUCACAGGACUUGUAUUUCAAGACGAAAAUACGUUAAUAUCAUGUGGAGCUGGAGAUGGACAAAUAAAAAUUUGGGAUUUACGAAAGAAUUAUUCAGCAUAUAAGAGGGAUCCUUUACCAAAACUACAUUUACCGUAUGCUGGAGGAACAUCAAAAAAUGGAUUUACGGAUCUGCUGCUUGAUCCUGGCAAUGUGAGACUAUAUGCGAGUUGCAUGGAUAACACAGUUUACUGCUACAAUGUUUCUACUUAUGAGAAACAACCAGUUUCAACAUACUCUGGGCAUGAAACAGGUUCAUUUUAUGUUAGAACUUGCUUAAGUCCAGAUGGCCAAUAUCUUGUAAGUGGCUCUAGUGACGAAAAGGCUUAUAUUUGGAAUACCAGCCAGCCUGGUAGACCAGUGACAACACUGGCUGGACACUACUUAGAAGUUACAUGCGUUGCAUGGUGUCCUGUUGGUGAUAUACAGAUUGUAACGUGCUCAGAUGAUGCGCAUGUCCGUUAUUGGGAAGUUGGUAAUGAAUACGAAGAGUACAAUGAAGUGGAGAUUCGAGGGUGGGCAGAAGACAUUGUUUCUCCAGGCCUGGUUCCAAGGCAAAAGCUUAGAGGUGUUGCAGAAAAAAUUGUGGGACCCACAUUUCACCAGGCACAAAACAUCGUGGCCACUUUGGAAACAACACCCAGAUCCCACAAAAAAUACAUCUUCAAUCAUCAGAGAACACCAGUUGUAUCAGAUAUGCAAACACCAGAGUUGGAGGAAUGCCAGAGUUGUAACAGUGGUAAACUGGUAACACCCUGUUCAAAAUGCUUAUCUGCAAAGGAUAGAACUACAUCCAUUAGAGAGAGACAUUCAUUGAAAAGGCGCUUGGAAGAUAUGAUGGAAGAUGAGGACUCACAGGGCUCUACAAAUAAGAAGCGAUCAGUUUUAUCUCCAAUUAAAGAAAACAAUGGGGAAAUGUUGGAGAGAACACCUAGUGAUUCCAGAGGUGCAAGGAGACUUUUCAGUCCUGGAGAGAAAAGUAUUGAUAUGAAAGAAGACAACAACCCCAGCUUUUGUAAUUCACGAUCUUUGUUCUCCUCUCCAACAGACAAACUCCCCAAUUAUGUUGUGGAUGGGACAUCUCCACACCACUUUUGCAACCGGAGUCCACUACAGAAGGAAAAUAUUGACUGGUUAACUAAAUUGCAGAAAGAAAAACCGUGUGUUCUAAAGGCAGCUGUUGUGUCAUCACAUUAUACGCCCAAGAGACGUAAACGUUCUGGGUCAGGGGCUGAUGGCAGCAUACUAAAAUUUUUCCGUGUAUCAGGAAAAGCAAAUAGUGAACAGUCAAUUUUCUCUAAUAUCUCCGUGCACUCAGAUGAGUAUGAAAAGUAAAGUCUGUGUGUGUGUGUGUGUGUGUGUGUGUGUGUGUGUGUGUCUCUCAAGGAUGAGAAUGAACCGAAUUUAAUGCAAGAGAGAAUGGAAGUAAUUUAUAUGUACAUGUAAGUUGACUUAAGGAAUAUCUCCUGCCAGUUUGACUAAGUAAAAUGUUAUCAGUUUUAUGUAUUUAUAAAAAUAAUUUUAGUUUUGUUAGAUUAUGUUGAGUGUUAAUGCAUAGACCUAUAGAUACACAUAAUGGAUUUGAUCUGUUACACAGAUUCUGAAGGUGAUCUGUGCACUAGAUCAAUACUUAUUAUAAAAAUAGAAGACAGGCAGACAGAUUCAUUUCACUAACAAUAGUUAGUGGUUACCAAAGAGUUCAUCACAUCUUUGAUUAUGAAAGCUUGGAACUAGAUUUCAGGUUUUCAGACUUUUGAAUAAUUGCCUUUUACUUGCCUGCAGACUCUCCAUAUAGGAAGAAAGCAGCUUUUGUUUAAGUUGAAUGUUCUGUCAUUUCAUGUCUGCAUUCUCACAGCUGUAAGAACAUUACUGUAUGUGUACAUGUUGUGAUACGAAAUCUAUCAUUUGGAUUUUCUAGGAAAUAGAAGAGCUGACAAUAUGUAUAUAUGUGUGUAUAUACUGAGAUUUUGUCUACAGCAAUGCAACGACUGAAAUAAAAGCUUGUUGAAGUAAA